AUGCAAAAGAUAGCAACUCAUUCUUCUCUAUUCAAUAAUAGAGAAAGAAUCAGCUCAUCAUGCCUCAUCUCAAUGCUCCUUGCUGGUGUUACUGUAUAUGUUGUAUUCCUAGGUGUUGUACAGGCUGCUGUUUGUGACCUUUCAAAUGUACAGAUUGAAAUGAAAGGUUUAAGAGAUAGUUCUAUGGGUUUACCGGUGUAUGAUGCUAUCUAUAAGAUUCAAAAUCAAAGUGUUUGUUUGAAUGAGAUUAGAAAAGGUUUAACGGAUAAGGUUUCUACUAGCAUUGUUGAUUUCACUAGUGCUUGUUUAUUGCCUCCAACAGAUGCUGCCUAUGCCAAUGAUCCAUGUUGUGGCGGUAAAAAUCUUCAAUGUUGUGCUAGAAGAAACGUGAAUAGAAAUGCUUGGGAUGUUCGUUCCAAUGGUGCUCUCUCUUGUGCUGUUGAUGUUUCCUUUGAAGCUGGUUUGGCAUUCACUCCAGUUGAACAACGUGCAAGUUUGUGUUCUGCAGGCUCUUUGGAAGAUUUGAUUCGCGAAGAGGGUGAUCAAGUCUACCAAACUGCUGGAUGCAAAUAUAAUGGACUCAAGCCAGAAGAAUACCUUAAUUGUUUGGCUAGUAAUCCAGUGUAUGGUCCUCAUGUAUUACCAUCAUUUGCUAAGGCACUUAACUUGGCUGCCAACUCGACAACCUCUGCCAUUGUAGAUGCCAUGAAGAGUCAAGGUCAUCUCGUGGGUGAAUGUUUCAACCGCAACACACAACAAGUAGAUUCAACUAUUACAAGCCAAAGCGUUUGUGAGACUGGUCUUCCAGAUGUUUGUCCAUUCUCUGAUUGUUCCUCCCAUAAUCAAACUUGUUAUGCUUGUAAAUCUCCUCUCAAAUGCAAUGCUUAUCCAAUGGAUGACUAUGGUACCUAUUUGGACUCUCCAUUAGCUUGUCUUGAUACUGUCUUGUGCGGUGCUAAGGAACAUGUCGUUUCUUACGCUGAAUGUGAAUUAUCCAAGGAAUGUAACGUUCCAUGUUUCAACUGUACCGAUCAAGCUACUUGUCUCAAGAGUGGAAUGUGUGAAGGUUGGGGUACUCAGGAUCCAACUUGUGCUGUUCCAAUUGUAAAUAAUGCAUGCCCAGUUGGUUGUACCAUGAAUCUAUAUAUUAACAUGUGUAACUGUACUAGUUCUGCUACUAGCGAUCUACCACAACAAUUCAACGUAACCUUGAACAAUUUUAUGGUUCCAUUGAACAAUGUAAAUAAUAACAAGUGUAGACGCGGUUAUUUCGAACUAGUUCCUCCUAGAAAUGCUGAUGAAUGUUUCAAGUAUAAGGUUUGCCGUUAUGGUAACGGUGGUGUUGCUCCUCUCUCUUCAUGCUCGAAUAGUAUGUGUACCAAUGGUGGUCCAUCUGAAUCAUUCAAAUGGAUUCAAGGUCAAUGGGUCAAGUCUGUUUCCAUUCCAUUGCAAUUUGCUAACAGAACUCUUAUUCAUCAAAGAGAAUGGCGUUGGGCUCCAAAGACUUCUACUCCUUUCUUUGACUCGGUGAAUUUCAUAUGUAACUUCCAUGAAAGUAUUGCAACCUAUGUGGCUUGCAAGUGUGGUUCCUUUAAGGGUGCUCCAUGUGAUACCAUGAGUGGAAUUUUCACCUUUGUUGAUAAGGUUCUUGGUUUGAAGCCAGCCAACUCUCAAAACAGAACUGCUUUUGAGAAUUUGCAAAAUGGUUACAUUGUUGUUCCUCCUCAAGUACUCCCUAAUGUUACCUUUGUCGAUGUGAUGGCUACAUUGAGAAAUCCAAAGAAUGUAUGGAAUGUAUUUGGUGGUGUUAACAAUACUCAAAUUGGUUCCAUUCUUGGAAAUGGUAUUUCAUUCAGUGCUCCAUUGAAGAAUGUUAGAAUUUGUUUGAAUUCAUAUCCACAACCAACUCCAAUUGUUUUGAAUGGUCUUCCAGUUGGUUUUGUUGCCCAAGACUCAACGUCUCUCAAGCCAAUCCUCGUUCCAACCUACAUUGAAGGUAAUUCCGUAUGUGCCACUAUGGAUGUCAUGGCUGGUGUGUUCUAUUAUCCAUAUGUCAUGCUCUCUGCAAGUGAUAUCAGUUGUAACGGUAUUGUUUCAACUGCUCCAAAUGUUUGCUCUGGUUUUGGUAAAUGUAUUGCUCAAAAUACUUGCCAAUGUUAUCCAGGUCGUUAUGGUGCCAACUGUGGUGAUAUUGCUCCACCAACCAACAAUACCUACUAUUGUAAUGGUGUUCCUGCUUACUCUGCAAGCGUUUGUUCAGGUUCUGGUAAAUGCGUGGGUCCAAACAUGUGUCAAUGUAUGCCUGAUCGAUAUGGUUACAAUUGUGAGAACUUUUUGUGUUAUGGCAAAUCCAUUGGUGCUUGUAGUUACAAUGGUUUGUGUGUUGCUCCAAACACUUGUCAAUGUAAACCAAACUUUGCUGGUGCUGAAUGUUCCCAAUGUGCUUCUGGAUAUACUGGAAUGUAUUGUGAAAGACCAAUGUGUUAUGGUGUUGAUUCUCUUAACAAGUAUGUCUGUUCAGGAAACGGUGCUUGUGUUGCUCCUAAUAAGUGUUCUUGUAAGCCUGGUGCUUAUGGUGAAAGAUGUGAACAAUUCACUUGUGGUGAAAUUGGAAAGCCUCAAUGUUCUGGACAUGGUAUUUGUGUAGGUCCACAAAUGUGUUCAUGCAAUGCUUCAACAACUACUGGUUAUUGGGGUGGUUCUAACUGUGAAAUGUGUCAACCUUCAUACAGUGGUGCUCAAUGUACUGAACGAUCUUGCUCUGCUGCUACCACUUGUUUGGGACGGGGUACAUGUAAUCCAGAUUAUACUUGUACUUGUACUGGAAACUUUGCUGGUCCAUACUGUAGAACCUGUAAGGAUGGAUUCUUUGGUCCAUACUGUAACGUUACUUGUGAUCCAAUGAAGACUUGUAGUGGAAAUGGUGUCUGUACUACAAAUGGUGGUUGUACUUGUAAUUCCAACAGUUUGUUGGGUAUGUUCACUGGUUCCUCAUGCUCUCAAUGUCAAAGCGGAUGGAUGGGAGUCAAGUGUAACAUUUAUAUUGGAUCGAGUGCUACCUUUGGAAGUGAAGGUGAUCGUAUUCGAUUCACUUUGGCUUUCCCUUCACCAACCAACCAAAUCGAUUGUGCAGCUAUUUUCAGUCCUCUUACAUUGGCCAAACUUGGUGCUUAUCCACAAUGUCGAUGGGAAGAUAGAUCCAAUAAUUUGUUCAUGGUCAUUUUGGGUGGUGCUUCUAGCUUGAUUCCAGGUGAUAGUCUUACUAUUCAAAAUGGAGACAUUUCUAGAACCUUAUCAUUGAGUGGAUCCUUGUCUCUUCCUGCUCCAAUUGCUAUUUUACGUACUCCAAGAAACGUUUCAUCAUGCAGUACUUUCUUCUUUGAUGCUUCUGCUUCAUAUUCGUUUGACAGAAGACCUGUUUCAUUCAGUUGGUCAUUGAGUGGUCCUGGUUCACUUUCUGCUAUCAAUGCAAAAUUAGCCACUGUCACUGGAAGCUUUGGAUACUUCUCUGCUUCAGCUCUCUCCUCUGGCACUUACACUUUGACUGUGACCGUGACAAGUGCUUUCAAUUAUACUUCAACUGCUAGUUCAACAUUUGGUGUUUCUUCCACUCCAACUGCUAUUGUUCGUAUUCCUGGUGGUGAAUCCUAUAGAGUGAAUAUGGGAUCCAUGUUCAGCAUUUAUCCUUAUGUUGAAUAUCCAUCAUGCUACUACUUUGAUAGAACUCUCAUUUGGACUUGGACUCAAGUGAGCGGACCUGCCAAUGCUCAAUUAACUCUCAGAGAUAACAACAGAGCUUUGGUAUUCCUUCAAAAUGCAUUCUCUGCUGCUGGUGAUUAUGUCUUUAAGGUUAAGGCUGUUUCUGCUGUUUCAUCUGCUUCUUAUUAUGAAACUCAAGUAACCGUGACUGUUGUUGCUCCUGAUCUUGUCUUGUUGGUUGAAGGAGGUUAUUAUAAGCAAGCUUCUACAUCUGGACAACUUGUUCUUGACUUUUCAAGAUCUUUCGAUCCUGCUCAAGCUUCUGGUACUGAAACUUUCACAAUCAGCUGUCUUGAUGCUGCUGCUGCUGCUGCUUGCUCACUCAAUACUGCCAAUCUUGUGGUCAAUAAGAAGGCUGUUAUUGCUGCUGGUGCUCUCGCUGCUGGACAAUAUACUUUCACUGUGACUUAUAGCAAGGGUUCAAGAAGUAUUUCUGAUACCAUUGAUGUUUCCAUGGUCUCCUAUGUUGUGUUGAAUCCAUACAUUAGACUUGGUAGAUUCGAUUGGAUUCCAAGUUCAGUUCCACUCGGUGUCAAUGUUCCAUUCUUUGUGGAUUUGAUUGGUUUUACUACUCCUAAUGUUCCAGUUUCAUUCCAAUGGUCUUCAUUGACUGACGGAUUUGAAUUGAACAAUGAAACGACUGUGAAGGGUGUUAACGGUCGUUCAUUGAUCAUUAAGGGUGAUUAUAUUGCUGCUGGUGUUGAAUAUCAAAUUCGUGCUGAUGUCACUGCUGGAAGUGCAAGUGGUUAUGCUGUCUUUGUGUUCAGUGUGAACAGUCCUCCAUUGCCAGGUUCAAUUUCUGCCUCUCUUGCUACUAGUUCAGCUGGUGUUGAUCCUGUCACAAUUACAUGCGACGGAUGGUAUGAUUCUGAUGCUCCAUUGACUUAUCAAUACUUUUAUUAUGACUUGAAUCGUGGUGUCUGGAGAAGUUUGUCUGGUAGAACCUCUGACAAUCAAAUUACUACUAAACUCCCACCUGGAUUUGGUACUAACAAGAAACUCAGAAUUAGAGCUAGAGUUUAUGACUCUAAGAAUGCAUAUAGUGAUAUUGAAUUAUCCAUUGUUUCGACUCCACCUGAUUUGUCUAGCGGAACUGCUGCUUUGAACUUCUUGAAUCAAAGUUCUUCUGCCACAGACUCUACCGCAAACAGUGUGGCUGUAUUGAGUAACUUGGCCAAUAUUUCUCAGGCUUCCAUGGCAGCUAACGUUGUUGCUCAAAUUAAGACCUUCAUUAUGAAUGUGAUUACUGCUGUUUUGGCUCAACGUUCUGCUGUUGCUGUAACUGUUGAAGAUGCUGCUGAAACUAUUUCAUUCUUAACAACUGCUACUGCCAAGUUGGAUCUCGUGGAUGCAAACACUAGAGGACAAAUGUUGCAAAGUACUGCAUCAAGCUUGAAUGCUUUGGCAUCAUCCUCAAGACCAAUCACUCCUGAUCUUGUGGACUCGAUCACUGUUUCCUUGUCCAGCUUUAUUAAGAAUAUUUUGAGUGGUGCAGCAUCUUCAAGAAGAAGUAUUUUAACAAGUGCCAGUGAAGCUCAAAGUAUUAUUGAUAACGCUAAUACUUUGCAAACUGCCAUGAUGAAGAGUUUGGUUCCUGAUCAAGCUGCCUCUGUAUCUGCAAGUACUGAUUUGAUUGCUUACACAAAGAAGAUUUCUGUAUCCUCAAGCUCAUCAUUCUCUGACACAGUUUCAUCUCCAGUUGCCAUCUCCUUCGCUUCAACAUUCUCAUCUGUCGUUUCUUCAGUCACUACUCUUGGUGUCAGAAUUAAGCAAAUGUCUAACCUUUACAAAUUGAUUUAUCCACAAUCCAUGACUAUUCUUUCACCAUUGUUCGAAAUUGCUUUCGAUGAUCAAGAUACUGGUGCAUCAGUCACUGUUAAGGGAACAACCAUGACCAUCACUAUGGGUGGUAACUAUACCAACACUGCUACCUCAUACUAUGUGUGUAACAUUUGGAACAAUUCAACAAAGGUCUUUGAAAAGGAUAGUACUUGUUCCAUUAAAGCAGUGACUUCAACCUCUGCAACCAUUCAAGUGACUCAAGGUGGUACUUAUGCUCUCAGUCAAUACACGACCACAGCAACUUCAUCACCAGUGACUCCAAAGCCAAAUACCAGCAAGUCAACUACCAAACCAGCCAAGAGUGCUGCUUCAACAAGUAUGGGAUGCUCAUUGUUGUUGAUCAUUGCAUCCAUCUUGUACACUUUGUUCAUUACUGUUUAA